AUGCCCUGUUUCAAAUGGGAGGCUCUUUUGCCAAAGCCGCCUCCACCGAAAGGUGGUUUCUUUGGCGCUAGCUCGACGACAACCCCAAAGCAAGAUGCGUACGUGGGCAGCAGUUCUGUAUUCGCACUAGAUGACCAAAACUUCAAACCGUUUCUGAGGACAAAAGACAUGGCCCUGGUCAUGUUCUAUCAGACCAACUGCAAAAAUUGCGAUUUUUCCAAAAAACACUUCAAGAAGGCGUCAGAAACGACAAAGAGAGACAACCACGCGUACGCGGCUGUGGACUGCAAGAAAACGCCAGAGCUGUGCUGCGCCGAAGACAUACCAUUCAUCCCAUACUUCAAACUGUACUGCCGCGGCAGGUUUGUCGGCUUUAACGGGGAUUACAAGCUGUUCGUUCACAAGAACAUGAAGCGCUGGGUCGAAUCUAUGACUGCAUUCACUCAGAUGGGACACAAAAUUGAACCAUGCCGCACAAAAUGA